AUGCGUCGCUACAGUACAUAUACUAACCCAAACUAUGAGAAGGUUACUCUAAUGGACCCUUUUUCCGUCGUAAAUAGAGGUGACCCUUGGGUGGACAUUUUUAAAAAAUGUAUCAUACCCAACAUACCAAUCAUCUUUAAAGGGUUUACUAAUGAAUGGUCUGCCCUUGUAGAGUGGGUAACUGAAGGAGUUCCCAAUGUUGAUUAUCUAUUAGAAAACUUUGGGAAUGAAGAUUGUCCAGUUGUUGAUGCUGAGUCAGGAGAUUGCUCCUCCAUGAAGUUCAAAGAUUACAUUAAUUAUCAUUUAUCACAUGAUGAUCAUAAGCUUUACUUGAAGGAUUGGCAUUUCCAAAAGAAGUUUGGGACACAAUCUUAUCAUUUGCCUCCAUUUCUAAGAACGGACUGGGUGAACUCAGAGCAUUGGACAAAUGACGAAACAAAUGCUUUUAGAGGGGACUAUCGGUUCUUAUAUUUUGGCUGGGAAGGAACCUGGACUCCUUUUCAUUCUGACGUAUUGUCAUCUCACAGUUGGUCAGCAAACAUAUGUGGAAAAAAGCUGUGGUAUUUUGUUCCGAUAGGAAAAGAAAAUUUAUUCCGUCAGGGACCUGAUUUUGUAAAAGAUAUUCGAGAUCACAGAAGUUUAUGGGUAGAGGCUGGCGUUGUGGAAAUUAUCCAAAACCCAGGUGAAAUAGUUUUUGUUCCAUCUAAUUGGCAUCAUCAAGUUCAUAAUAUCGAGACAUCCAUAUCCUUGAAUCAUAACUCAGUGAAUGCAACAAACAUUUUCCACGUAUUUUCUUUUCUAUGUUCUCGAGAAAAAGAUGUGAGAAAAGAGUUCGGAGCAUACAACUUGGAAAACACUUUCGAACCCGAAGAAAUGACAGCACAAGUUCAGUUGGUUCUAAGAGCUGAUACCGGUUUAAAUUUUGAAAACUUGGAAAAACUUUUGGAGCAAAUCAUAUCAGAUAGAUCUGAAGGUGAGAACUCAACCUGCUAUGUGUGCCCUCUGCAUGUUGAUUUGAGAAAAUGCAUAGGAAACGAUGAAUGCAUGAAGUUCUUUUCCUCAAACUGCUCUUGUGUGGAUGACUCUUGUUCUAGUUGUUCUCGUUUAUUGAAUUCUUAUGAUCUCUCGAUAGCUUUACAAGUUCUAUCUGAAUUGAAACUCCAAGCAUGA